GUAGAGCAGAACGUUUAAAAAAUAUUAUUUUAUCGUGGAAAUAUAAAAAGGAUAUUAGAAAAAGGAUUUUUCUUUCAUAAAAAAAAAAAAUUAGAUGAAAUUGAAUCAAUUAUAAAUUUAUCAAAGGGAUUUUUAAAGAGAGUGAAAAGUUGUUAAAUUGAUUCAAAAAGUCAAAGGAAGUGACAUUUAAAGGAUACUUACGGUUUACGUUCAUCAUUUGAGUUAAUUUAAAAAUUCAUCAUGGAAUACACAUGUAUCCCCGAGGAACGUUUUGGUGAAGUAAUUAAGCAUUUACGAGAUAACUUCUUUGCUGAUGAGCCCCUAAAUAAAGCUGCUGGAUUAUGUCAAAAGGGUGAAGGCCAUCAAGAAUUGGAAGAACUUAGUUAUGCAACAUUGAAAGAUGGUUUUAGUUUGAUGGCAGUUUCUCAAGAUGAUGAGAUUGCUGGAGUUGUUCUAAAUGGUGUCCUACAACCUGGCGAAAUGGAAAUUGCUCAGAAGAAAAUCAACAUGAGUGACGAUGAGAAUUUUAGGAAAAUUUUCAAUUUAAUUUACAGUCAAAACUUAAAGUUUGAUUUAUUCGAAAAGUUCCAAGUCGAUAGGCUAUUUGAUUUGAGAAUUUUAUCAGUUGAUUCAAAAUUCCGUGGGCAAGGUAUUGCAAAAGAGUUGGUCAAACGAAGUAUUGCCCAAGCUGAAUAUUGUGGGUUCAAAGUCCUCAAAGCAGAUGCAACUGGAAUUUUCUCUCAGAAAAUAAUCAAAUCUUGUGGUUUUGAAACACUGCAUGAAGUUAACUACGCCAAAUACACAGAUGAAUAUGGAAAGCCUAUUCUGCCAGUGGAAUCGCCGCACAUAAAAUUGGAAAUUCUUUAUAAAAAAUUAGAAUGAAAUAAGUUUAAUUAAAAUUUUUAUUUGCCAAAAAUUACAAUGCGAUUGCAAUAUUUUGCUGACCAAGCUAUGCUUAGCUUUAAAAUGUUUUGUAUCUGAAGAGUUUUUUUUUUUUAAUGGAUGUGAUGUAAUGAUGUGUUUUUGAGGUAAUGUCCUUUUUUUUAUGAAACUUGUUUAAAAACAAGGAAUCAAAAAGACAUUUUUUUAAUAAAAAAGAAAAGAAAAAAACUGUAAUAUGUAUGACAAAUAAUAAAUACAUAAUAGAUGUAAGUGUUGUUACUUGUUUUGAUUGUUUUGUGGCUUUGAUAUGCUUUUAGUGUUACAUUGUUGAUGUUAUUCGUACAAAAAGAGGUUAA